AUGGUAGAGGACUUAGCAGCCUCUUACAUUGCUCUGAAAUUAGAGAAUGAAAUUCUGCAGGCCCAAGUGCAGCGAUUGAUGGAAGAGAAUGCUGCCCUCCAGGCCCAGAUCCCAGAGAGCCAGAAGUCCCGAGCAGCCAAGGAGGAUGAACAACUCCCGAAGCCCUCACCGGCACAGGAGUCCCGAGAGCCCCCAGAGCCCUCGGAACCCUCAGCAGCCAGGGAGCCCCAGGAGCCCCCGGAGAUCCAGGAGCCCCCAGAGUUGCUGCCCCCAGAGCCCCAGCAGCUCUCAGCUGGGGAGCCUGCAGCAGUCCAGGAGCUCCAUGAGGCCCAGAAGCUCCUGGAAUCUCCAGCAGCCCCAGAGUCUCUGGAGUCCGCAGCAACCUGGGACCUCCAGGAACCCCCAGCAGCCCAUGAGCUCGCAACAGCCUGUGAGAUCCAAGAGCCCGGAACCACCCAGGAUACCUCAGCGGCCCAGGAGCCCCAGGAUCCAGAGUCCCAGGAUCCAGAGCCCCAGGAGCCCCCAGAUGCUGAGGAAUCCCAGGAGGCACCAGAAUGCCAGGAGACCUUGGCACAGCUGGAGUCUCCUGAACUUCCCUCUCCCCAGGAGAUUCUGGAACCCUGGGUGCCCCAAGAGCCCUUGGAUCCCACAGAAUCCCAGGAGUCCUUAGAGCUCUCGGCAUCUGCCCAAUCGCUGGAGGGCCUUAUAAGAAUGGAGACACCAGCUGCUUCCGGUUUCUCACAGGCCUCCACUGGGUUAGAGGUUGCAACUGUCCCUCUGGAGUACCCUUUAGCCUUCAGUGGGGAUGCCCAAAAGCUUCCAGAGUUUCUGAUUCAGCUGAGUGCUUACGUGAGAGUCAGAGGGCACCUGUAUCCCACUGAAGCAGCCCUAGUGAGCUUCGUGGGCAACUGCUUCUCAGGUGAUGCAGGAAGAUGGUUCCAGCCCUUCCUGGAUAUCCAAAGCCCUCUGCUGGAGCAAUUUGAAAGUUUCCUCCAAGUGCUGCAGGAUGCUUUUGACAACCCAGAAAACAUGGAAGACAUCAACCACUUCAUCCGACAGCUCUGCCAAGGGGAGGAUCCUGUGCACCGGUCCGCAACCCACUUCUGCGUCAUUUCCCGUGAGCUGAGCGGGGAUGAGAGCACUCUCAGCAUCCGUUUUCAAGAAAGUCUUCUCAGUUCUAUCCGAGAUGAAGUGUCUCGCAGAAAUUCAGCCGCCAGCAUGUCUGAUCUGGUCAUCCGGUACAUCAGCACAGAAGAGAAGCUAAGCGGUAAGCCUGAUAUCAAUCCAUCAGGGCAAAGCUCCUCUGACGAAGGAGAUAGGCCUGAGCUUCCACUACCUGCAAAUCAGGCUGGGCAAGCAGCAAGCAAUCGCCCACAUCUCAGUGAAGCUGAACGGGCUCGACGCCGUGAAGGCCACCUGUGUCUCUAUUGCGGUCAUCCUGGUCAUUUCGCCAGAGAUUGCCCUGUCAAGCCUCAUCGUGCCCAGCAGGCGGGAAACAUCGAGGCCCGGCGGUAAGGGGGAUCCCGGGCGGGCCAAUCUACAAAUAUGCGUCCCCCUCUCUUCCAAUAUCCAUGUCCCGUAUCCUAUGGCUGACUGUUGAAAUCCGACUAGGAAGACGACAGUUCUUUGAGCAAGCAAUGGUGGAUUCAG